GCGGAAUGUUUGUAACGGUGGUUAAGCAACACGUAUAUAUUAAUUAUAUGCUAUAGUGUGGUGUGAAGGCAUUUGUGUAGAUCCAGGUGCUCUAGGAGCACCAUUUGCUCCUGUACCUAUCUCACUCCGCCCACACAGGUAAUUGAUCUGACAGUUUUGCCUUAGAAAAGACAGUAUGAUGCUAGCACAAGUUCAGCCACGUACUCUGGAUACUGGGGUGUUCGUUGGAAACACUCAUAUAAAGCUGGGCAAUGUUUCCUCUCAGAUACAUUCUCUGUCCCAAGCACAGAAGAAGAAGAAAGUUAAAGAUAAGAAGACCAUCAUGCUGGGAGUUGAAUUCUGCAAGAGUCUCCAGUGGCAGAACUGGGAACCCGGGAAAGAGUUCAUUAGAACCCUCACACUGAAAAACGUCAGGCUGAAAACACAGAAAAUCAGAUUCAGUACUCCAAGCAGCAAUUACUUCACCACUCUGUACCCACAAACUGUUACUCUAAAUGCAGGGACAUCCUUCUCUCUUCCUGUAACAUUUCGCCCAGUGGAAAAGCGAGAUUAUGAAGAUUCCAUAGCGUUUGAUGUAGAGGACGGGACAUUCUCAGUACCUUUGCGUGCUAUCCUUCCACGUCACCAUCUGCACUUCCAGGAGAUUCUGCAGCUACCCAAUUGUGCUGUGUGUGGCACCUCUGAGGGCUCAUUCAUCCUGCAGAACACUACUAAUCUUCAGACUGUGUUCCGAUGGGAAGUCCCACAGCCGUUUGUCCUACUUCCAGCCAGUGGGGUUCUAGAGCCUAAAUGUGAGAUUCAAAUGAAGGUCCUGUUCCAACCGCAGGCUGCCCUGGUGUAUGAUGGGAUUGCAACAUGUUGGUUUGGAGUAAAUGAGCAACUUGAAAGGAGCAUUCGCCUAUUAUCUAUUGCCAAGUAUCCCCACCUAAUUGUGAGCAUCCCAGGAAACACCACAGAGAGUGAUGGGGGUCCCGGGCCAACGCUGCACUUUGGCCAUGUUGGAGUUGGCACAAUGUUGGAAAAGCACAUAGAGAUACAUAACCUUACAAUGGUAGAUUCCCCUUUCCGUAUAGAACAUGCAAAGCAGCCCUCCCAUUUGGACAGUAACUUCCACUGUGAAGUUGUGCAUGCUUUGGCACCAGCCCAAGGGAAACUGAAGAUCCCUGUGCAGUUCUGUCCACGUGCAGUUGGUGUGGAGAGUGUGGAUUAUUUCCAUCUGAUACCAGCUGGUAACUUCACCAAGACGGUAGUUAAGGUUUCAGGCACAUGUCAAGGUCCUCAGUUGUCUCUUUCGAAGCCCAUGUUGAACUUUGAUCUGGUGAAUAUAGGGAACAAGGUUUUGCGUACACUGGAAAUCACCAAUUCUUCAAUUGUGUCUGCUCACUAUCAGUUUGAUAUUGACAGCAGUGAAAGUGUCUUCUCUUUUGAUCGAUCCUGCGGCACACUGGGUCCAGGGGAUACCCAUAGUCUGCAUGUUACCUUCUCUCCAAACCACACGAUCCCUUACUACAGAAGGGUUGCAUGUCUCAUCCACCAUCAGGAACCUCUUUUUCUGGAUUUAAUUGGCACCUGUCACUCAGAUUUGGACACACCAGCUGUUCUUCUCCCAAAGCAUGUGUCAUUGUACAAGACAAACAGGGCACGUGGAUUUACUGGCUAUCCUCCUGAUAUACUGAGUGCUAUGCUGCAAGAAGGAAAGCUUAGCAUUGAUGCAGAAGGAGCUCUUGUACCUCUAACUCAGGAUGAAGAUGAGAAGCUGGUGGAAGGACCAGUUGACAUAGAUCCUGUGUCUGAAAUCUAUGAUGAUGGCAUUAGCACGUUUCCAUUCCAUGUGACUGCAAGCACCCGCGAGUUUGAAUUUGGCUGCUUUUCCAUACAUUCACUGGGCGAAAAGCUCCCUUUGUCAUUGACUAACCAUACAAAGGGCAAGCUCAUAGUAAUUUGGACCUCCAAGCAGCACAGUCCUUUUCGGGUCAGCCCAGAGUAUACAGAAAUCCCACCCCUGAAAUCCACCUCCUUUAGAGUUGUCUUCCAUCCAUCACAGCCAAACACACUCUAUGGAGGAGAACUAGAGGGCUUCAUGUUUUAUAAGGUCUUACGGGAUUACCGAAAUGUGGAGGAUGCCACAAUCUGCCCACCAUGGUGCAUUACAUUGCGGGCCAGAGGGCACACUUUUGAACUGGGACACGAACACUUUGUCGCUACCUGUGUGCUUGAUUCUCCUAAAAUGGUAUUUCCACCAGUAAAUCAGAAUGGGCAGGCUCUGCGUACCCUCUUGCUGCAGAACACCGGGACCUCUGCUUUGACAUAUUUAAUAGACAAUGAAAAUAGCCCUUCAGUCCAAGUGAAGCCAACAUCAGCACUUGUGGCCCCAGGAUACCACCAGGUUAUACUUUUGAGAACUGAGCCCAAUGACAGAAUCCUCACUAAGCAUUGUCUAUCAGUCCAGUUCAACUACAGCAAUAACUACAUCCAGAAUAUUGUUCUGUUUUCUCGUGCUGAAACCCCCCAGCUACUCCUAGAGCAAGAAGGUCGGCUCUAUUUUAAACCCACCUGUGUGGGUUGUGAGUCUCAGCACUUGUACACUUUAAAGAACUGCUCUAGGGUGCCACUGAACUUCAGAUGGAAUAUACAACAUGAAGACACGCCAUUUUUUUCAGUUAACCCAGCCAGUGGCAUUAUCAAACCCAAUGAAACAAUGGCCCAAAUCUGGACUUUUGUGCCACAGGAUGAAAAAAAAUAUACUGCUAAAGCAACAGUGAUUGCAUGGGUGGCCAAGGAUGGCUGGGAACCAAUAAAAAAAUGCCGUUAUGUCCUUCGUAUUACUGGGGAUGGGUGUGUUGGAAGCAUAUUUACGCAAGAAGAGCAGGUUGACCUGGGCAACAUUUUGGUUGGAAGCUUUCAGUCAUGUGACUUGAUGCUUUUAAAUAAAGGCGACUGCACUCUCAUAUAUUCUCUCAGUGCAAAGCAGGAAAUAACGGGCCCAUGUGACCUUGAUGAAGUCAUCAAUGACCCAGUCGCCCUGGAAUUUGAACAUAAGGAAGGGCAACUACCAGCCAGAGCCAAGCUCAGUUUUACAGUUACUGCACGUCCUGCCCGCAGGCUACAGUACCAAUGGACAAUAAGCUACCGCAUUCUCACCCCUAAAGCCCAGGAUCCAGAAAAUGCAGUCGGCAAGGAGCAGUUUCUAUGCUGCGUGACAGCCCAAGGAGUUUACCCUUCACUUACUAUUGUGGAUGCAUGCCCCGCUGGCAGUGCCAGCUCUCUCAGCAAAUUCCAGCUCUGGAGAUUUUUCUCAUUGGAGAGAAUGAAUACAUACCUUCAAAGUGACCCCACGCCAGAGGAGCUAAUAUACAGGGUGCCUACUCGCCACAGCACCAGCAGACGCCCUCACAUAAAUACCCCAGUGCUGCUUGAUUUCAACUUCGGGGCUGCACCUGUAGGAACAGAACCAUUUGUAGCUCUGCUCUUGCUGGAAAAUAAAGGCAUUGUGUCUGUGACUUGGGAUUUCUUGUUUCCUGCUGAUCAACAAAUCGAAUUGGAGUACUGGGCUGAAACCUGGGAGUUUAACCCAAGUGAGAUCCACCAAAUGCGCAUUCAAGAUAACAAACUGUUUUCUGUCAGUCCCAGAUCUGGAGUUCUUAGCCCCGGGCAGCAGCAGAGAGUGCAGCUAAUGUACAGGCAUGAUUUUGUUGGCACUGACCGCCUGCCUGUCCUGCUAAAGUUAUCACAUGGUCGGGAAAUUUUGCUGAACUUUAUUGGAGUGACAGUGGAAAGUGGGCAGCGCUAUGUGCAUUUUACUGGCACUAAACACACCUUUACUCCCAUGGCCAUAGGAAGUUCCAACCCCUCCAAACAGAUUUAUGAGCUGUUCAAUGGGGGCUCAGUUGCUGUAAUAUAUGAAAUUGAUCUGGAACCGCUGAGAAAGAUCCAGGAGCAGAACUAUCAUCACCCCAUAUUCCAAUGCCUGAACCCCAGAGGGGAAAUCUUGCCAGGUUCCACUGCUUGUGUGGAGUGGAUAUUUUCCCCACUGGAGGCAAAAACAUAUUCAGUGAACGUUCCUAUUCAUAUUCUUGGGGGAGACUCUGCACUUAUUACAUUUGAAGGGAUUGGCUAUGAUCGUAACGUCCUUGGUGAAUCUGCUGUGUUUGAGGUGUCGUCUCCGAUAGUGACCACACCAAGGCUCAAGGUGCCAGGACAGGUGGUUUAUAUAACCCAGCAGAAGGUAACAUUUGGGGAUAUGCCUGUGUUUUGCAAAUCCAGUCGUCUGCUGUUCCUGAAUAAUCCCUCUCAGAGUGAGGCAGCCUUCUUCACUUGGUACGCUGGGUCUGCCAAUGCCAGCCAGACACUGCAGGUCUCUCCAUUAUCUGGAGUGGCUAGACCAGGUGAGAGCACAAACAUCACAGUGACCAUCCAGACAGGGGAACAAGCUGCAUUCUAUAUCUUGGACCUUGUUUGUGAGAUUUAUAUGGAAAAGGCUUUGGCUAUGUAUGAAGAGGAAUUGGUAAGGUGGGAGGAAGAAGAGGAACGUCAGUCUGUGGAAUUUACAGUCAGUGACACAAAGAUGCAACCUUCUGGGACAAGCAAGAAUAUCUUGCCAUCAAGUGGAUUUGUAGAAGUCAAAGCCAACCAGCGUCUAACUGAAAUACAGAGGUACAAGACCCUCCCACCAAUCAAGAAUGCAGAAGCAAUUCCCCCACCUGCCAGCAGAGACAGGAAGAGUCGGAGGGCAGAAAAGGAAGCACAGAGAGUUUGGUCCAGACCAGAACCUCCUGCCCCAUUGCAGCUUCACUUGUUAGUGACUGGAAGAUCCUAUUACAUCCCGGAUUUUCUGAGCCAAUUCCAGAAUGACUUCCAGCGGCAUUUCCAGAACCAUAGAUUGCCUACUAAGCAGGCAGAGAGACCUGCCUAUAUGAAUCUUCAACCAGAGACUGGGGAAUCUGAAGUGAAUCCAAAGAAGUUGUCCCCAGAGACACAAGAAAUGGCCACAGACAUCAUGGCUUCGAUAAUCAGGAACCUCUUGGAUGAUACACAUUUCCAUGAAGAACUGGCACAGACACAGAAUGAUCCCCUGCCUUACUUCAGUCAACUGGGCAGCCAAGGAAACCUCCCUGCAAUGGAAACAAUUACAGGAAAUGUAGAAUUGAUCCCAUCUGAGAGAAAGGCCAGAACUCCACCAGCCAGUCAGGAAGAGCAGGAAAUGGAGGGCAUAACUACAAAUUCUCACAAAGCCCCUAAGGAAGAGUCCCAUGUAGAGUCCCAAAUGAAUCAGCACCCUUUGCAAGAUGAGGAACUGAAAGAGAAUGCUAAAAGGACUCCUGCAUUCAGUCAAAUGAUAGAGUCAGUUCUGGAGAACACUCUGCUGAACAUUCUGGUUGAAGCCAAUCGAGGAGAAGUGGUCCUUACAACCCGCCCCCGAGUCAUCGCCCUGCCACCUGUCACCCCAAGGGGGUUCAGCCCAACCUCUACAGCACGGAGCAUUUCCUUGGGACAGAAUAUGGCAGGCACACCAACUACGAAACAGCAGACUGUCGCAGACAGUCCAAGACCUUUCCCUUCAGCAGAAGGCCAAUAAUCAAGACUUGGGGCUCAUUUACAAAGGUGGUGUCUGUUAAAGUGUUUGCAAAAGUGCCAAUAGAUGCCAUGACAUUAAGCACCGUGAGACAUAUGAGAAUGUAUGUAAUUAACAGCUGCCUUUGACCAGUAAAGGCAAAACUAGCUC